AUGCGCCGCAGCGCCGCCCCCGUCGCUGCCGGCUGCCUCGCCCUCGUGGCCCGGGCGUCCGUGGCCGCGGCCCAGGGCGCGCUCACGACGUGGCGGUCCGCGAACGCCACGCCCAUGGACACGCACGGCCCGUGCGAGUUCGUGCGGGAUAUGCACGGCUCCGUCGGCCAGGACCCCCCAGCGUACGCGAACGGCGCGGCCUGCGGCGCCUGCUACAUGGUCAGGCCCACCAGCGACGAGGGGGCGCACGGCGACUCGACCGGGCACGGCGCGGCGUCCGAGGCCAUCGUGACGGUCAGCACGGGCGGCACCAAAGGCGCGGGCCGCUUCGACUGCUUCCCCGGGUCGUUCGAAGCGAUCACGGGUGGCAUCACGGGCGAGUUCGACGUCGAGUUCGAGGAGGGAGUGUGCGAUGCCAUCUGGACGACCCCGUCGGUGACCAGCUUCGAGGCGAAGAACCAAUACUGCUGCAAGAUGGUCUUCAACAGCGUCGGCAAGUGGGGCGCGCUCUCCACGGUGUACGUCGUGGCCGGCGCUGAGCCGCACGUCGGCGAGCAGUGCGACCGGGAGCAGCACCACGAGGGUGACGAGUACGACCGAGACCAGCAGCAACACUACGCCUAG